GAGUGCUACAGAGAGAGAGAGAGAGAGAGAGAGAGAAGAGCUCUCUCUGGUUCUGGAACGGCUGGCUUUGUUGAAGCGCCUUCUCAGAAGCGCGACGCUUAGAUCUAGAUUUCCAUCGAGGUGGUAUCACGAGGAAAUGGCCUCAAACACUGAGGGAGGGAAGGAGUUUCGCAAGGAGGGACCAACUGCUCAAGAUCCAAUCUGACGUCCAGAAGCAUUGGGAGGAGCAUAAGGUUUUCAAUUCAGAUUCCUGCAGCAAACCUCCUGAGCCUGGGGAGAAGUUCUUUGGUAACUUCCCCUACCCAUAUAUGAAUGGUUCAUUGCACUUGGGGCAUGCUUUCUCUGUCUCCAAGCUUGAGUUUGGCGCUGCCUUUCAUCGAUUGUGUGGCCGAAAUGUACUCUUGCCUUUUGCAUUCCACUGCACUGGAAUGCCGAUCAAAGCAUCAGCAGACAAGCUUGCUCGGGAAAUCCAAAAGUAUGGGAACCCCCCUUUGUUUCCAUCAGCUGAGGAUGAUUCUGCUGAGGACAUUGCCGAGGAAACCAAUGGUGAUGAAGGCAUUGUGGUUGCACCUGAUAAAUUUAAAAGCAAGAGGUCCAAGGCAGCUGCUAAAUCCGGUGGUGAUAAGUCACAGUGGGAGAUUAUGAAGAGUUUUGGGAUUCCUGAGAGCGAAAUUUCUAAGUUCGCAGAUCCACAUCAUUGGUUAACGCAUUUCCCGCCUCUUGCUGAAGCAGACCUGAAAGCUUUUGGCUUGGGCUGUGACUGGAGGCGAUCAUUCAUAACGACAGACAUGAACCCAUUUUAUGACUCUUUUGUUCGGUGGCAAAUGAGGAAGUUGAAGAGCAUGGGGAAGAUUGUGAAGGAUAUGAGAUACACUAUUUAUUCCCCGUUGGAUGGGCAGCCAUGCGCAGACCAUGAUCGAGCAUCUGGUGAAGGAGUUCAGCCGCAAGAUUAUGUUCUGAUAAAAAUGGAAGUUGUUCCUCCUUUCACAUCAAAACUGAAGGUCUUGGAAGGUAAGAAGGUGUAUUUGGCAGCCGCCACUUUGAGGCCAGAAACAAUGUAUGGACAAACAAACUCAUGGGUGCUGCCAGAUGGGAAGUAUGGGGCUUUUGAAAUAAAUGAUACUGAUGUCUUCAUCAUUACACAGAGGGCUGCACUUAAUCUUGCUUAUCAGAAGUUAUCUAGAGUUCCAGAAAAGCCGACUUGCUUGCUUGAGCUGUCUGGCCGUGAUUUGAUUGGUCUGCCAUUGAAAUCUCCUCUUUCUUUUAAUGAGAUUAUUUACUCACUACCCAUGCUCACAAUCUUGACAGACAAGGGUACAGGUAUUGUAACAAGUGUGCCCAGUGACUCUCCUGAUGAUUACAUGGCUUUACAAGACUUGAAAUCAAAACCAGCUCUGAGGUCCAAGUUUGGGGUGAAAGAUGAGUGGGUGUUACCUUUUGAAGUUGUACCAAUCAUCAACAUUCCUGAAUUCGGAGACAAAGCAGCAGAGAAAGUCUGCAUUGAUCUCAAGAUCAAGAGCCAGAAUGACAAGGAGAAGCUUGCUGAAGCAAAAAGGCUAACAUAUUUGAAAGGUUUUACUGAUGGUUCAAUGCUGGUUGGGGAGUUCAAAGGGAAGAAAGUUCAAGAAGCAAAACCAUUGAUCAGGAAUGUGCUUCUGGAAACCGACCAAGCAGUGAUGUACAGUGAGCCUGAGAAGAAAGUCAUGUCUCGAUCUGGUGAUGAGUGUGUUGUGGCCCUCACAGAUCAGUGGUACAUUACUUAUGGUGAGGCUGAGUGGAAGGAGAAGGCAGAAGCUUGUUUAUCCGGCAUGAAUCUCUACAGUGAUGAAACACGACAUGGAUUUGAACACACAUUGAGCUGGCUGAAUCAGUGGGCAUGUUCACGGUCAUUUGGACUUGGUACUCGCCUUCCCUGGGAUGAGCAGUUCCUAGUGGAAUCACUUUCUGACUCCACUCUUUACAUGGCGUAUUAUACUGUAGCUCAUCUUCUGCAAAAUGGGAAUAUGUAUGGGUCUGGUUCCUCAAUGAUAAAACCCGAGCAGAUGACUGAUGAUGUUUGGGACUAUAUUUUCUGUGGUGGGCCAGUCCCUGUAUCAGACAUCCCGAGUUCUAUCCUCAGCAACAUGAAGCAAGAGUUUGAGUAUUGGUAUCCCUUUGAUCUCCGCGUUUCAGGUAAAGACCUGAUCCAAAACCACCUCACCUUUUGCAUUUAUAACCACACAGCAAUCCUGCCAAAGCACCAGUGGCCUUGCGGUUUCCGUUGCAAUGGCCACAUCAUGCUUAAUUCUGAGAAGAUGUCCAAGUCCACAGGAAAUUUCAGAACUCUUCGGCAGGCUAUAGAGGAGUUCUCCUCUGAUGCCACUAGGUUUUCUCUGGCAGAUGCAGGGGAUGGCUUGGAUGAUGCAAACUUUGUCUUUGAAACUGCAAAUGCUGCAAUAUUGAGGCUAACAAAGGAGCUCACAUGGAUGGAAGAAGUAUUGGCCUCCGAAUCAUCUUUGCGAGUAGGUGGCCCUGCUACUUACGCGGAUCGUGUGUUUACCAAUGAAAUAAAUAUUGCCGUCAGAUUGACUGAGCAACACUACCAAGAUUUUAUGUUCAGGGAAGCUCUCAAGACAGGCUUUUAUGAUCUUCAAGCUGCUAGAGAUGAAUAUAGAUUCUCCUGUGGCUCAGGGGGAAUGGAUCGAGACUUGUUGUGGCGGUUCAUGGAUGUGCAAACCAGACUUAUCACUCCCAUUUGUCCACAUUAUGCCGAGCAUGUAUGGAAAAAUCUGUUGAAGAAGGAUGGUUUUGUCGUAAAUGCAGGUUGGCCAACGGCAGAGUCACCAGAUCUUACUCUUAAGAGUGCAAACAAAUAUCUACAGGACACGAUCGUGUUGAUGAGAAAACUGCUCCAGAAGCAAGUUUCUGGCUCUAAGAAGCCUAAAAAGGGCGCUGCUGCUUCUCCGGCAGUGGAAAACAAGUUCAAUGCCGGUCUUAUUUACGUAAAUGAACAGUAUGAUGGAUGGAAGGAAGAGUGCUUGACCAUACUAAAAAGUAAAUUCGAUGCUGAAAAACUAUCAUUCAAGCCUGACCAAGAGAUUCUGGAAGCUUUAAAACAAAGCAAUGUAGGACAAGAUGCGAACUUUAAACAGAUUCAGAAGCUUUGUAUGCCUUUCUUGAGGUUUAAGAAGGAUGAGGCAAUUACUGUUGGUCCCCGAGCACUUGAUUUGAAGCUACCAUUUGGUGAGAUCGAUGUUCUUCAAGAAAAUAUCGACUUGAUAAAGAGGCAACUGGGUCUUGACCAUGUUGAGAUUUUGUCAGCAUCAGAUGAUUCUGCUCGUCGUAAAGCCGGCCCUCACAUUUCGUUGCUAAAUCAGAAUCCUCCUUCGCCCGGAAAUCCGAUUGCCGUAUUCAUGAACAGUGCUGACUUUGAAACGCAAGCUGCAGCUUAGUUCGUGAUUUGGGUCUUUUUCUCUGUUAUACAAAACAAUGUUAUCUAUGCUUAUUUUUGUAUGCCUUUGGGCUAGUUUUCUUUAAACUUUGAUACUGUAAUGUGUGCAAGGCCUUUUAUUACUUUUGUUUGUAUUUCCUUUCAUGUCUAUUUUUGUAAUCAAGUUCUUAAUUGAUUUGUA